CAGCCAGUGCGCUGCCCGAAAAUUUCCACAACACGAGCGGUUCGCAGGAGAGCGGCACAACGACGGCCGCUUCGUUCGCAGCGAUGCAGCCGCCGACGCCAAAGAAACCCUGAUCGCACCGCGGGACACGACGGAUUCCUGGAUGGAAAAGCGGUGAUGUUGCAUGACAUGCCUCGAAAUAAAUUCUGAAUGAUUGAGGACUGCGGGCAGAGCGGCGACAACAUGGCAGAUAGAAGGCAACUGUUUGUCGAGAUGAGGGCUCAGGAUUUGGAUUCCAUUCGACUGUCGACGUACAGAACAGCCUGCAAGCUCAGAUUUGUGCAGAAGAAAUGCAACCUGCAUCUGGUCGACAUUUGGAACGUCAUCGAGGCUUUCCGAGAGAACGGCCUCAACACCAUGGACCUCAACGCUGAGCUCUCCGUGGCGCGUCUGGAAGUGGUGCUGUCCACCGUCUUCUACCAGCUGAACAAGCGCAUGCCCACCACCCACCAGAUCAACGUGGAGCAGUCCAUCGGCCUGCUGCUCAACUUCCUGCUGGCUGCCUACGACCCGGAGGGCCACGGCAAGGUAUCUGUCUUUGUUGGGAAGUUGGCCCUGGCAACCAUCUGUGGAGGCAAAAUUCUGGAUAAAUUAAGAUAUAUUUUUUCACAGAUAUCCGAUUCCGCCGGGAUAAUGGUGUACUCGCAGUUUGACCAGUUUCUGAGGGAGGUUCUCAAGCUACCCAUGGCGGUUUUCGAGGGGCCUUCGUUUGGUUACACCGAACAGGCCGUGAGAACGUGCUUCACGCAGCAGAAAAAGGUCUCCCUCAACACAUUCCUCGAUACGUUGAUGUCAGACCCGCCCCCUCAGUGUCUGGUGUGGUUACCGCUCAUGCAUCGGCUCGCCAACGUGGAGAACGUCUUUCACCCGGUCGAGUGCUCCUACUGCCAUACUGAGAGUAUGAUGGGCUUCCGCUACCGCUGCCAGCAAUGUCAUAAUUACCAGCUCUGUCAGGACUGCUUCUGGAGGGGGCAUGCCAGCGGUUCCCAUAGCAACCAGCACCAAAUGAAGGAGUAUACGUCAUGGAAAUCUCCCGCUAAGAAGUUGUCCCACGCCCUCAGCAAGUCGCUGAGCUGCGCGUCCAGCAGAGAGCCUCCUUACCCCACGUUUUCCGAAAUGCCAGAGAAACCUCUCAACCUAGCUCACAUUGUAGACACGUGGCCACCAAGACCAGUGAAUCUCACCAAUGACUACUCACUCUCCCACUCCAUGCCUACAUCAGGGAACCCUUACUCCACCAAAAACAAGAAUAAUGAUGUUGAGCACAGAAAGCCCCUGACUGGGGCUGCUCCACAUCUGUUGAAAGGGAGAGGGUUGAACUACAACCUCGAUGUUGCCGAUAGACUUGCCGACGAACAUGUUCUCAUUGGCCUCUAUGUGAAUAUGCUCCAAAACAAGCCCAGAACAUGUUUGCUGGAGAGCAGUAACCAUCAAGAUGAAGAGCACAGUCUCAUCGCCCGCUAUGCUGCUAGACUGGCUGCUGAUGCUGCGGCUCAACAGCAGAGGGUCCCCACAGACCUCCCCUGCUCUCUGGAUGCCAACAAACAGCAGAGGCAGCUCAUUGCCGAGCUCGAGAGCAAAAACAGAGAAAUCCUGCAGGAAAUCCAGCGACUGCGCCUUCAGCACGAGGAGGCCUCCCAGCCGCCUCCUGACAGAGGUCAGCAGAACCCCACCCUGCUCGCCGAGCUUCGACUUCUCAGGCAACGCAAAGAUGAGCUUGAACAAAGAAUGUCUACUCUGCAGGAGAGUCGCAGGGAACUCAUGGUGCAGCUGGAGCAGCUAAUGAUGCUUCUCAAGCUGGAGGAGGAACGGAAACAAGCUACUCAGGGUCCCGGCUCUCCGCGCUCUUCUCCCAGCCACACCAUCAGCCGGCCCAUCCCCACGCCCAUCCACUCGGACUCCGCCGGCACCACCCCGACUCACACACCUCAGGACUCACUCAUGGGCGUGGGAGGGGACGUUCAGGAGGCCUUCGCUCAGGGUCCAAGGAGAAAUUUGAGGAACGACCUGCUUAUUGCUGCUGACUCCAUCACCAACACCAUGUCAUCGCUGGUCAAGGAGCUCAAUUCAGAGGGUGGAAGUGAGACUGAGAGCACUGUGGAUUCAGACUUUGGACGUUGUGACCUUUUGGCCUCGACCUCUUCAGACACUUUCUUUACUUAUAAACCAAGGCCUGCCAGCGCCGCAGAGGAGGAGCGCUUCGAGAACGACCUGGAGCAGCAGCUGGAGGACGAGCUCAAGCUGGAGGAGCUGAUGAAGCACAGGCAGGACGCGGACAAGACGUGCAUGGUGACGCUGCAGCAGUGACUGUGUCAGUCCAGGUGACUGGUGAGCAAUAUGAAAAGCAACAAUAGCAGAAGACACUGGACGAGACAACACUGGGCCGACGGUACAGAGCACUGAAGACAUGGGGAAUUUAAGUUUGGCUUAAUCCAACCAUAGAAUACAUUUAUGUAAAGAUCUAUUUUUUAACCAAGCACAUAUUUAAGGUAAUACUGUGAGCUGAUGUAAAGAGAUUAAUUACUGAGCUGUCUAUGAUACCACAGGUGCCAUAAAAACAAAACAAACACGUGAUUUUUGGGAAUUAUUUCUUGAUUUUUAUCCUUUUUAUAUGAGUUGUCUAUCAAACUACUCUGGUUAGUACAAACCUGAUUCUUUCUCAUGUUUCUGAACUCAAUGAACCGGUUUUCAAUGUUUGUUGUCAUUUGAUUUUACGAUGAGGAUAAACCUGAGCUUAUGUUUGGAUCUGAAGUUAUAAAUGUUAAUAUUUGAAAUCUUUUGUAAUUGUGCGACUCUGGCCGGGUUACCAUGAACAGAUUUUACCACUAUUCCAAUGAUUUGUUGCUGUUGAGUUGCUUUUGUAUUGUUUUUUGUUUUGUUUUUUUGAGCAGGCCAAUCAGACACAUUAGUUUUAUUUGACAUAUUAGUAAUAAUGACGCGCACUGCCUUAGCUGAUUGGAUGACCUCUCACUGGAGCUCAUUCAACCUGUCGAUGCAGCAUGUAGCUUACAACAAAACACACCUGCAGCGAUGCCGGAUGUCUUCUCUGGUCCGAUUUAAACCGACGCUCGGAGCAGACGUGGUUUGCAAAUAUGUACGCUGUCUACAUAUAAAUGGUCAAUUAGGUAGAAGAUGUGAUCUUCUAAUGUCUGAAGGUGUUUCAACAGAAGCGACGGAGACAUCCAUUGCGCUUAAACUCAAAGGUUUACACUGGCAAGGGCAUUGAACAAACUGUGUUUACUACCAGUGGUUUGUGAAUUAAGGCUCGAUCGUGGAUCAUCUGCCGUCGUUUCAUUCGUUUAGCGCCAAUCCUCUCACACGAGCCUCCGUGUGACUUGCACACCAACAUACACACUCAAGUGUGCACAAAAACUUUACCCAGUCACUUUCGGGGUAAAAAAAAAAAAGUGGCAAGCCAAUCUAAAAUCGUAAAUGUGUGAAAUAUAUCUAGUUUGAUUUUUGAGCAAGUUCAUAGCAGUGAUUUUGCAUGGUGGUGAUGCAUAAUAAAGUGUUGACACAAUAUCACAA